AUGGCGAUUUCAUUCAUUGGUGUCUUGUUCAAGUAUGCGGAUGGAGUCAAUAUCUUCUUGUUGGUGCUGGGUGUUGUAUUUGCGAUGCUGUCAGGAUCUGUGUUUCCGUUAUAUGUGCAGGUGCUUGGAACCACAGUGAACUCUUCUGUGGCAUACGAAACUGGCCAGCUGAAUGGCCAAAUACAACAAGUCAUUCAAGAUUUCGCGCUCAAGAUGGUGGGACUUGCUGUUCUUGCUUUCGUUUCUGGAUUCUCUGGAACAUUUUGUUGGAUUAUCCAGGCUGAACGUCGUUGUGCUAUAUGGAGAGAGCUGUAUUUUGCUUCCCUUCUCUCACAAGACAUGGCGUGGUAUGAGAAGCAAGAGAUGGGACAAUUGUCGACUAGAAGUGCUUCGGAUGUUAAUCUGAUUGCUGAAGGGACUGGCUUAACAAUUCGCACAUUGAUACACAGCACAACUGCUGUAAUUAUCUCACUUUGCUUGGCUCUAUACACAAGCUGGAGACUUACUCUAGUCCUUCUCGGAACGCUCCCGCUACCAGUCGUUGGAUAUAUGCUUGUAUGGCGCUACCUCUACAGAAACGUUCGGAAACUACGUGAUGCCACCGCCAAAUCUGGAGCCGUCGCAACGGAGGCUUUACAAAACAUGACUACCGUCAUGUACAUUAACGCUCAGCUGAACGUCAUCCAUCGAUACGCAGCCCCGCUGAAGAGGACGUACCGAAUGUUACGAAACACAAUAUCAGCACAAGCAAUCUCCGUCUUAAUCGUCACUAUCUUCUUCUUCGGGCUACGAGCACCCAUACUUUAUUAUGCUGGCAGUCUUGUGCUUAACAAUAAUUUAAAGUAUGGAGAUGCGCUGUCGACGUUCUUUCAGAUUGCUUUUGCAGCAAUCUUCUUUGGUAAUAUCCUGAGCACCAUACAGACGAUAAGUAAUUCGGUCGAGGCUGCUCAGAAGGUCGUGGAAGUUAUUGAGCAUACCUCGGAUUUAGAUGUUAAUGGUGAAGAGGGGUAUUUUAUUAGUCAAAUCACUCUUGGGAUAGAGUUUAGAGAUGUUACGUUCAGAUACCCAUCACGUCCUGAAUUGCUAGUGCUACAGGAUUUCAACCUCACGAUUCGACCAUCACAGAAAAUCGCCCUCGUUGGGCAAAGUGGAGCAUCCAAGAGUACAAUACUUCAGCUACUCUUACGAAUGUACGAGUUUGAGAAUGGGGAAAUUCUUAUUGACGGCGUGAGCAUUCGAGACAUUAAUGUGAAGAGUCUUCGCCAGUGCAUUGGGGUAGUCAGUCAAGAACCAGUUCUCUUUGACGCAACUCUAUACGAGAACGUUUCCUUUGGAGCUUCCCAAGGUCAAUUUAUCGAUUCACCAGACGUGUCUGCAGCGCUCGCAGCUGCUCAUGCUCUCGAAUUUGUCUCGAAACUGCCUGAUGGGCUCCAUACUUUUCUGAAUGGUGGAGUGACGCUCUCUGGUGGUCAAAAACAACGUAUUGCGCUGGCUCGCGCCAUCAUCAGGAAUCCUCCUAUAUUGUUGCUUGAUGAAGCUACGAGUGCUCUUGACAGUAAAUCAGAGGCAGCAGUUCAAGUAGCUUUAGAGGAACUAGCUCAGAAUAGGAUUACGCUGGUCGUAGCUCAUAGGCUUUCAACCAUAAAGGAUGCUGACUGCAUCAUUGUCAUGAAUAGUGGACAAGUCGUGGAAACCGGCUCUCACUUUGACCUGCUUCAGCGACAAGGCACAUAUGCAGCACUAUAUGCCGCUCAAUCGAUGCAAACAGGAAAUGCAUCGAUAAGGAGUUUUCCCAUAUCCAAGGUCUCCGAUAAUUCGAGUUCUGUCAACUCGCGAUAUGAUGAAAACGAACCUUUGCUUCUAGUGGACGGCAAGGAGGGAGACGAAUUGGCGGAAACCCUGGCUAAACGAAAGUUUCCAUAUGAAUUACUCUUCUCACUGUGUAAACGGGAUCCAUUUUACGUAUCUGUUGCUCUCGUUGGAUCAGUCAUUGAUGGACUGGCAUUCCCAUUGGAAUCUCUACUACUCGGAACCAUAUUCAGAAGCUUUUCACAAGUCGCAUCACUAACAGAACCCAACCUCUUUUAUUACUCCUUCCUCUUCCUGCCGCUGGCCGUCUUUAUCGGAAUUGGCCAUACUUUGGUAUACUGGGGAGUCGAUAUUGCAAGCGAGAAUCUGUCAAAGCGACUACGUUAUAUGACACUACAGAAGCUUAUGGCUCAGGAUAUGUAUUAUUAUGAUUCGCCAGAUACUAGUCCUAAUGUGACUGCAACACGGUUGGCAACUGAUGUCGAGACUGUCAAGGCGGUUGGUGUGGGACUUGUUGGGAAGGUUAUUGCGUUUAUUGUUGCUGUUGGUGCAGGGACGAUUAUUGCGCUGUACUAUGGAUGGAGGUUGGCGCUUUUCAUGGUGGCUGUGUCGCCGAUCUUGCUGCUUGGUGUAGUGUUUGAGCUCAAGGCCAUGUCGGGGUAUCAUGAAGCCAGACGUCGUGUAUUCGCAGCCUCCAGCAGCUUUGCGUCCGACGUGUGUCGAAACAUCAAGGCAGUUACAAUGCUGGGCAACCCAGAAGUGUUUACCGAACGCUAUAAAGAUCUACUACAGCCUGCAUAUCGUACGGGCUUGACGAAGGCAGUAAUAUCUGGACUUGGGUUUGGCGCUUUUCAAACAUCAUUAAUCAUCGUAGUCCUCGCCACAUUCGGAUUCGCAUAUUUCCUAAUCACACGCAACCUCUCCUCAAUUGGUGACAUUAGUAUCGUCAUCAUGGUAAUACUCUUCACAAUCUCCUUCGUCGGAGUCACAAUCAUUGGAAUCGGAAACGUGUCUGAAGGUAGUGCAUCAGCUAUAGCACUUGCAGAUAUCUUGCAAUCUGAAGUGCAGUUAGAUAUCCGAGAUACAAGUGGACGAACAAGGCCUGCUAAACAGUGUGAUAUUUCGUUGAAGGAUGUGGUGUUUACGUUCCCUUCUAGAACACAGUCGAAGGUCUUGAAUCGGCUGAGUGUGGUUAUACCGAAUGGACGGAGGGUUGCGAUUGUGGGUGCUUCUGGAGCUGGGAAGAGCACAAUCGCACUCCUUUUAGCCAGGAUUUAUGAUGUCCAAGCAGGAUCAAUCCAAAUGGACAACACCAGUCUUCCAAAUUGGAACCUGCGAGCUCUUAGGUCGCAUUAUGGUGUUGUUGGUCAGGAGCCUAUACUCUUCAACAUCUCCAUAUUCGAAAACAUUAUUUGUGGGAGUGAUAAAGCGCAAUCUGAGGACGUUUAUCAGGCUGCAAAGGCGGCUAGUAUACAUGAUUUCAUCAGGAGUUUGCCAAAUGGUUAUCAUACAAAAGUUGGUGAAAUGGGAUCGCUUCUUUCCACUGGUCAAAAGCAACGGAUAGCCUUGGCUCGAGCGCUGGUUAGGAAGCCGGCUUGUUUCAUAUUCGACGAGGCUACGAGGUUCGCUCUAGACGCCAAAAGCGAAGCUUCAAUCGAAGAAGCUUUGGCCAAGUUAUCCAAAGGAAUCACGACUGUCGUCAUAUCGCAUAGACUAAGAACAAUUCAAACUUGUGAUCAGAUAUGUGUGGUUGAGGCGGGCCAGAUCGUGGAAGUUGGAACGUAUACCGAGUUGAUUCGCCUUGGAGGUGUUUUCUUCAAAGGCUUGAACGCGCCAAAGAUUCGUAGUGGACUUGUAGCAAAGCCAUCCAGCAUUCCUCAUUUGCGUCGUACUGAGGAAUUCAAGAAGUGGAGAGCUUUGGUGACUUCAACCAUGAAGGAAGAGAUAUCCAGGGUAACUAAUAUAUCGGAGUUUAGAAUAAUUUCUGAAGAAAAUUUCACGAAGUGCAUCGGAUUGCUAUCGGCGCUGGUCUUGCCAGCCUUGAUCUUUGGACCUGUAGUAAUUCCUGAUGCUUAUGCUUAUUUCCUCGCUGGCUAUUAUAUUCUACAAUUGCUAUUCUGGGCAAGAGCAAUCUUCAAUGUCAACGUUUCCUGCACUCGUGUGAAGGAUGCAGUCACCAGAAACAGCUAUUUGGACAAGACGCAGUACCGUCAUAUCUUUAUUAUUCCGAAUUGGCAAGAGGACUUGAAUUGCCUUCGGUAUACUAUGAGACAAUUAGCUAUGCAUCGAUAUGCUGUGAAAUCGUACACUGUUGUAUUGGCUAUGGAAGAACGUGAGGACGGGUAUAAGGUGAAAGCAGAUACGCUGGUCAGCGAGUUUAGUGGAUACUUUCAGAGUAUUCUGGUCACGGUCCAUAAGCUUGUUCCAGGAGAAGUCAAGGGAAAAGGAGCUAAUGUAAACUAUGCGUCAAGGCAGACGCUGAAAAUCCUUACUAGCAGAGGCAUUCCAAUCCAAAAACAAAUGGUGACGGUUUUGGAUGCUGAUUCAGGAGUUCCAGAGCUGUACAUUACUGAAUGUGAACAUGCACUUGCUAAAUCUGCAAGACCGCAAUCGGCGUUUCUAUUGGGAUUCAAUCUGUAUUGUAACAAGUACAUGUCGACGCCUAUCUUCACUCGUGUGCUGGAUGUUACAAUGACCCAGUAUCUUUUAGCUCGGCUGGCAACAGACCAACCGUACAUCAUGUCUAAUUACACGUUCUCCAUGUCUCUGAUUCAAAGAAUUGGAUUUUGGGAUGCUGGUUUUAAAGGGAUUACAGAAGAUUCGCAUAUGUACUGCAAAGUCAUAUUCGAAAGCGGAGGAGACUCUGAGCUGAUACCCAUAUACGUACCAAUCCACUCAUCAUCUGCCAUUGAUGAGUCUGCGUCUUUGUGGAAGCAGAUUCAUGAUCGAUAUCAUCAAGGCAAACGACACUCUCUAGGAAUGAUGGAAUUCGGAUACUCUCUAAAACGCACAAUCGACCUGUGGAACGUAUCAUCCUGGACGUUUCGCAUUCGACAAAUCAACGCUGUGCUGCAAAUCGCUGAAGCAUACUGGAUGAUGCAAGCAUCAGCUCCCUUCUUCUUAUUCGGAUACCCAAUAAUAUGGUUGUGGGGAGGCCCAUUGCUAAACACAUCUCUUGGACUAUGUUUGAAGUGGAUGUGUGCUAUAUGCUAUGUACUUCUGCUUGCUGUGGGAGUCAUUUAUUUUGAGUUUCAUAAAUUCAUGGAAACAACAUAUAACGUUUCGGCAUCAGAACGCCGGUCAGCGUAUGCUGAUAUUGUUGAGCUGCCGUGGAUACCGUUUUCGGUGACGUUGCUGUCGCUAUGUAACAUUGACGCUGGCUGUCGCUUACUUCUGGGGCAAGUGAUUGAGUGGUUCCCAGCACCUAAACCGACCUUCGAGUAUGAGGCUCUAAGACCCCUGUCUGAGGAAUAG